UAACAGGUCCAUGUCCGCUGUUGAUAUGGCGGCGUUAGUGCGAGGCCUACGCACUGGAAGAGCCCUAAUGGGUCUCGGCAGCGCAGUAGUGGUCCGGAGCAGCCCUCGUCCCCAAUACAGAGCACUGACACGGUCCUUCCAUUGUGCUGCCAUCCUCAGAUUUACUGAUGACGGCAAAAUACACCAAAAGACACCGCUUCCAUCCGACCGUGAACACCAGCAGACCCAGGAUUCAGGAUCGAGUCAGUCAUUUUCCUCCACAGAGCAAACCUUUGCUAAUGAUGCUCAGAAUGAGGAACCGCAGCCUAACACCAGUUAUCAGGAUCAGAGCGGUGAACAGGCGGAGGAUUAUGAGACCGAGGAGCAGCUGCAGACUCGUAUCCUCACCACUGCGCUGGAGUUUGUACCCGAGCACGGCUGGACUGUGGAGGCCAUCGCUGCAGGAGCGGAGACUCUCGGCCUGUCUGCUGCCUCUGCUGGGAUGUUUAAUAACGGCGCAGGAGACCUGGUGCUACAUUUCAUCAGCCAGUGUAACACUCAACUCGUAGACAUUCUGGCAGAGCAGAAUAAUCAGGUCCAGCUUGGACAAGCAGAAAAGAAGAAGACAGCUGAGUUCCUGAGGGAUGCAGUCGAGACUCGCCUCCGGAUGCUGAUUCCGUACAUCGACACUUGGCCGCAGGCGAUGAGUGUACUGCUGCUUCCCCACAACAUCCCAGACAGUCUGAAGCACCUCUCCACCAUGGUGGAUGACAUCUGGUACUACGCAGGAGAUCGCUCCACAGACCUAAACUGGUACACGCGUCGUGCAGCGUUAACAGGAAUCUACAACACCACAGAACUUGUGAUGCUGCAGGACACAUCGCCUGACUUUGAGCAGACUUGGACCUUCCUCAGCAACCGCAUCCAGGAUGUGGUCAAUGUAGCCAACACAGCUAAACAGGUGAAGUCGACAGGAGAGGCUGUAGUGCAGGGGUUUAUGGGUGCUGCAGUCACGCUGAAGAACCUCACAGGGUUGAACCAGAGAAGAUAAACCAGCCUCCACUCCUCCAUUUCCUCUACUCUUCAUAUGUCAUGCUCUGCAGUCACAUGUUAUGAAUGUCUGACACUCUGAUCAUUGACCACUGUGAGGAGCGCUUAAGUCACUUUGCUGUUAUUUUAAAUAUAGUUUGAAUUGGGGUAUUUAAUUUGUGUGCUCAGUCACAUUGAUAGUUUACCUGUGCCAAAGCUCUCAAGUUUGACUGAUCUGUACAGCUACCAUGCUUUACACUGCUUUGAGAAAUCUUCCAGCUCUGUGACUCCGCUCUAAUCUAUGUAAUUGAAUAUUCAGAUGCUUCUGAAUACAAUGAUGGGCUUUUGAUUAGGUGGGGUCAGUAAAUUACACAGAGCAGGUUAAUCGGCUCUGAUUCAGACCCCUGCUUCAGUGCAUGAGCUUUGUUUUUGCGCCCUGUAUAAACCUUGAAGCAGAUUAAAUGUAUAUUGUACUUGAAAUUAAAGUUGUCAUUAAGUAUUGUGGCUAA